GGAGCGGCAGAGUUCCGUGCUCUCGUCCGGCGCUGCUUCGUAAACAACGCUGCAGCAUUCGACGUUGGCGUCCGUGGGACAUCCCGCCAACUGUACACCACGAGUAUCGACGAAGCGCACGCCCCAAAACCGCGCGCCACUCCACUACACCAGUGCAGCGGGAUAGCGUGUGCCGCAUCGAAAAAAAAAAAAACAAACAAGAAAUACGAAAAGAGAGUGGGUGAGACGAAGAAAGGGAAGACUUCCGAGGAUACCGCGAGGAGGAUUAUGAGCCAACAGCCUGAUUUUAUGAAGAUGAUGAAUUUGUGAGGAGAAGGUGGGCCUGCUGCACUCAACAUGGUUUCCACACAGACUGCGAUGCCACCACCUGCGCCGCCACCUGCUGUGAGCUCACCUAUGAACGUCCAGCAGCAGCAGCAACAACAAAACCAGCAGCCACAGCAGGUCGUAGUUAGCUCGCAGCAGACAAUGGCAUCACCGACUUCCGUGACUGUGACCCAAGUUCCGAACCAGGUCACCAUGACCACAAGUGCCCACCUGCAGCCGCAGCAACCGCAGUCGCCCAUCGGUGGCCCCAUGCCCCCGCACUCGUCAACGUGCACUGUCAUCCCCCAACAGGCCAUUCAGAGCAUGACCCAGUCGCAGUUGCAGCCUGUAAGUGGCUACUGUGCGCCACCGUAUUGUGCACGAAGUCACUAUCCUGUGCAGGUGAUACAGCAGUCGCUGCCAAACCACUACCUACCACAGCUGUACUCGCAGCAGAUGAUGCUGCCAGGGAACCUGGCCAUCCAGCAACACAGCAUGGGGGCCCUGCAGGGCUUGAACUUGCAGCUUCAGAGCAAGGCCCAUGUGGACCACACAAAGCAGGGAGGGGCAGGGGGACCGCAUGGGACGACCACCAUCAUCCCCGCUGUGUCCAUUGCGAGUGUCAACCCAGGCGGCAAGGGUGUGACUAUCAGCAGCGCGCCGACGCUGGUGACCACCAACUGCCACAUGAUGGGCACUGCGGGCAAGCCCUGCCUUCCCACGGGCCAGAUGAUCCCCAAGGGCACCACGGUCAUGGGUCACGGCGGCUACCAACUGCCGCAGACCAGCACGAGCCAGCAGACGCUGGUCAUCAACCCCCUGGGGCUCAUCUCGGGCCAGAGCAUCCUCCCGGCUGCCACUCAAGCGAAGCAGAUGGACGCUAACAAGGCCAAGCCUUUCAUGGUAAAGCAUGCUUCCUUGAUGUCCCAGAAGGUACCCCCUACCUCUUAUGCUCAGGUGAUGAGUCAACAGACGCCACUACAGCCAAAAUCGCCACUAAUGGCCAAUACGGUCAAUGCCCACGGAUCUGGCCAGAUGGCCACUGCUCAAGUGAUCAACACCAACCAGUUCAAGCAGCUUUCCCAGAACAACCCACAGAUUAUCUCUAGCCAGCAGCCCACUGUCAUCAGCCAAGCACAGCUUCUAGGAUCACUGCAAGCUCUCAAUGCCACGUUUCCGCACGGCAUCACAUGGGCGCAGCCGGGCCAGCUGCAGGGCCCCACCCUGCUCUCCCAGAACCCCAUCUACAUACGUAGCCAGCAGUCGGACGUGUUCCUACAGCCAGGACCCCAGCAGGCCCUUCAUGCGCUGCCCGUGGCCACUGCUCAGCCCGCCGUGGCUCAGGCACAGCCCCAAGCACAACCUCAGGCCCCCCAGCAGCCCACCGUAGCACUGGCUGCUGCCCCUCCUGCGCAGCAGCCGCAGCCAAUCCAGCAGCAGCCGCCCAAGCCUAAGCAGGUUCGUCCAGCCAGUUCAGUGGCCACUCAGACUGCCACUUCAACCGCUGUUACUGUCAACUCUCAUGUCCUUCCGGCAAGAUCACAGGCCAAGCCAAGGAUCAGAGCCCAGACAAACCGUACUUCCCCAGGUCCCGGACAGCAGCAGAAUAUGAUCCACACACAGACGGCUAACACGCAGACGCAGACUUUUGCUGUGCCAUCUCCGCAGCAGCAGACGACAGCACAGCAACAACAACAACAACAACAACAACAGCAGCAGCAGCACCAUCAUCAUCAACAUCAGCAGAACAUCCAGCACCAGCACACUCACCCUCACCAGCAUGCAAAUGCUCAGUUCCAGCAACAGAUUCAUCAGCAAAUUCACCAGCAUCAGCAGCAACAAAAAGCUGAUGCAGCCAACCAGACGGCAGUCGCCCAGCAACAGCAGCAAGCACAGCAGCAAGCACAGCAGCAAGCGCAGCAGCAAGCGCAGCAGCAAGCACAACAACAAGCACAACAACAAGCACAGCAACAAGCACAGCAACAAGCACAGCAGCAAGCACACCAGCAAGCUCAACAGCAGGCUCAACAGCAAGCUCAGCAGCAGCAAGCGCAGCAGCAACAGGCCCAACAGCAACAAGUGCAAGUGCAAGUGCAGGUGCAACAAGUGUCACAGCAGCAGAUGCAGCUUGCACAACAUCCGCCCCAACAACAGCAGCAGCAGCAGCUUCAUCAUCAUCACCACCACCACCAUCAGCACACUCCCAUUCAACCACGUAUUGUUCCCGAGAUGAAGAGCACUUCAACUCAAAGCACAGCGAAGACGUCAGCCGUGGUGAACAUUGAGCCGAAGCCAGCGAACAUGCAGUCCAACCAGUCCCAGAGUCACCAGCAGCAAGCUCAGAACACAAAUAUGGUGAACCACGGAACACCAGGGAACCAUGCUGCCACUGCAAACGCGCCCAUGCCAAGCUCGGCCCCAUCUCACACCACGCAGAGUCACCCGACAGCGAGUCACGGCACACCGAACAGCCACUCGGUGACCGGUCACUCGACUAUGGGUCGUGCGGCAACGCCCACGAGUCACGCGGCAUCACCGAGUCAUCCGACAGGCAAUCUCACCGUGGCACCCAACCAUUCUCCUUCCAUCCACGUCAGUCUUCCUAGCUCAACAGUGCAUGGAAUCACCAGCCACUCGGGUCCGUGCCACACAUCGGUCAGUCACAUGACUUCCACGCACGUGUCCGUGACACCGACGUCGGUCACGCACACGUCGAGCACCACGCAUCCGACCAUGGUCCACGCUCCGGUGGGGAGUCACAUCGCCGCUGCUCACGUGCCAGGACCUCACAUGGGUAACCACCACUUGACUGGCAAUGCUGUGUCCGGAGGUCUCAGCGUGAGCAGCCAUGUGGCUGUUGCACCUCAGCAGAAGGCAACUGUUGGCGUGCCGUCUCCGCCGGUCGCAGCACCACCACCGGCAGCUGUCAAGGGGUCGGCUGAAGAUAAGGUUGAGGUUUCAGCGCCCCCGGAGGCCGCCAUGCCGUACGACAAGCAAGGCGGUGAAUCGGGUCACAAGCCCGAAGCCAUGACCAAUGGCGGUGCGGUGACGCCUCAGAUGACCAUGUUGACGGCGUCGGAGCCCGUUCGCCAAAUCUCACAGAAGCCAGUGGUCAAGCCUAACGUUCUAACGCAUGUCAUUGAAGGAUACAUCAUUCAAGAGGGACCUGAGCCAUUUCCAGUCAGCCGCUCAUCCCUUGUUGCCGAGACCGAAUCACCCAAGCCUUCUGUCGAGACAAACGGCAAGGCAGGGAGUGACGAAAUCCAACACAUUGCUCAAGUUCCGCCUUCGGAGGCCGAGCCUCUCCCUUCGAAGGUUGCGGCCUCUGGGUCGGACCGGGUGGAAUUGGCCAAGUGCGAGAUGUGUGGCAAGCUAGGCACAAAGUCAAAGUUCAAAAAGUCCAAGCGCUUUUGCUCGUCGUCGUGCGUCAAGCGCUAUAACUUGGCAUGCUCUGAGCGGCUGGGCAUAUUCGCGUUCACCUCGGAGCCUGAGAAUGAGGACGAGCUCCCAGGCAAGGUAACUAAGAAGAAGAAAAUGGGACGGAAGAGCUGGCGAAAACCUCAAGGAAAUCACUUCAACGAGUACUCUCCCGAAAAAUGGCCACUGCAGCAGCAGCAGCAACAGCAGCAGCAACAGCAGCAGCAACAGCAGCAGCAACAGCAGCAGCAACAGCAGCAGCAACAGCAGCAGUUGCCGCAGCCAAAAGAGGGUGCACCCCAAUCACAGUCACAGCCGCAGCCACAACCACAGCAACUGCAGCAGCCUCAGCCAGAGCAACAGCAGCAGGCUCAAAACAAAGACGUCAACAUGGACACCGUUGAGCCAGCUAAAGAAGAUGCCAGCACACCCAUGGAGACAGCUGCCAAUGCCUCUGCACCUGAUCAGCAGUUGCUGAGGCCCGAGAGCUCGGUGGAGUCGCCCGCACCGGCUCCACCUAUAGAAAUGGAAGUCGAUGUGCCCGAGCCAACACCCGCCCUGCCGGUCAAGAAUCCAAGGAGUUGGACGGUACAAGAGGUGGCGGACUACAUUCAAGACCUUCCAGGCUGCACAGACUAUGCCGAGGAAUUCCGCUCCCAGGAAAUCGAUGGUCAGGCGUUGCUUCUGCUUAAGGAGGAUCACUUGAUGACAGCCAUGAACAUCAAGCUUGGCCCAGCACUCAAGAUAUGUGCCAAGAUCAAUGCCUUGCGAGAGGAUCAGUAGUGAAAAAACACUCGAAAAGCCUCUCACGCCGUCUGUGUUCGGACUUCAUCCCAUCUUUUUAUUUUUUUUCAUCUCGUGCUCAAAACAAGCUCUCAGAAAGCCAAAACUGUGCUGCAUAUAGUCACCCCAGUAUGAGUGAGCGUACGUCAUAGUGUAGUCAGCUAUGUGUGUGCGAUCAUUGUGGUGCAUGCGUCUGUGUAUACAGGUUCAUAUAACGAAAAAAUUUAGCGGACCCCAGACGUGACCCUGUGAGCGUGGUGUGACCGAACUUAAGACACGACGAUUUUCUGAAUAUGUUGCUUGCGCUUCAAAGACUUUGAUGCGAGAAGUGCCGAAGGAAAAGUUCGUCAUUCCUUCGCGUUUUUUCAUCAACGGAACUUUUUCUUGUCAAGCUGUGUGUCGUAUCCUGGGACACUGUUCUAUGACACUGCUGUGCGGAUUCAUGCUGAUUUUGUCAGAGAAGCAACCGUGAUUGAGGUGCGUUGAGCUUCCUCAUCCUUCAAAGCUGGUUUAAGCGUGUCGCCCUUGGAUUGAUAUCACCCUGACAACUCGCCUGGCAAGGAGCUUGUUUUUAAUGGAACUCAACUUGAAGCUACACGCGACCAUCUGACUUUUGUAGAUAAAUAUCUUCGUAAAGAUGUUGAUAAAAUGUGCAGUGCGACAAGCCAGGACGCUGUGCGAACCACCAGCAUUUGCCUAGUGCUUACGGUGUGUAAAGACAUAGUGUGUGAGCUGUACUACCCCAUUUUUUACAGCAUCUAUCUGCCUCUAGUGUUGUGUGUGAACUUUUGGUGACAUUUCCUGACACCCUGCAGAGUUCCUGCAGUGCACAGCUGCAACGUGGGUGAAUGUUUGUUUCCGUCUAAUUUAUUGUUGGCCCGCGGUAAAGACUAUUGUACAUCCUGUUUGAGAGUUGAGAGGUAGACCCUAUUCAUUUUGCGUGACAUUGUGUGAAAGUGGUGAGGAAAUGUUAAUUAUUGAGCUCACUGCAUGGCAUUGUGGCCAGAGCAUACUGUAAAUCUCAUUUUAGCCAAAAGAGUUGACAUGCCUAGCAGUGGGCAUCUCAUGUACAAAGUCUAUAGUGUCUGUUGCUUGAAGGUCUUUCUGUCAGUUUUUUUUUAGUGUUGUGUGCAAGUUUGUGCAUCUGCUUGAGUGUAAGAGGACAAAUUUAGUUAAGUGAUAUUCGUUAGAUAUGGAUCUGCAUAUUUUUCUGCAGAACUGAUCAGGCGACAUCGCUAUUCUAUAAUGCCUCUAAGUAAAUGGAAGUAUGCACGCUGAAGUUGCGGUUGUUGAUUACACAUGCUUUAUUUGUAAGUAUCUUUUAUGUGGGAAAGCAGAAUGAAUUUCUUUGUAUGUCCCUCCUGUUUUUGUUCCUGCAGCUUCCUAUAUGAAGCUGCAUUGCUGAGAUUCAUACUUAUAAAAUCAAAUAUUUCAUAUUUAUUUGUCAUGCUCGAAGAAUCGCUGUGUAAUUAUACUUAAAGUACUUUCCCAGAUGUUAAUAAAAUGAUGUAUCCUCUCCUA